CACCGGCCCUCACAUGUGUAGUAACAACACCGUCUUUCGCAGCUUAUUCGCCAACUGACCACGCUAGGACGACGAUGGUGAGCAGCCAACUGAGCACGGGUCUGCCCGCGAUCGCGCGCCGGCCGUCCGUGCGCUCGACGCGCGUGGGUAGCCACGUCCGCAAUGACAACGACUGCGUUACGACCGUCGACGCCUUCCGCUACAUUGAGCGUGGCGUCCGCGCCGAGUACGACAUGUUCUACAGCGAGGCCAUCAACUGCUUUGUGAACGCCGGCGAGUGCUUGCUCAUCGUGGCCGAGCAAAACGACGACGAUGUGAGCCAAAUGCUCUUGGCCAAGUCGCAAGAGGUCAUUGGGUGGGCCGAAGAGCUUUCGAUCUGGCUCGAGAACGGCCGGGCCGGCCCAUUGCCAUCGCGCAACUGCCGCGGGAUCCAAAUUCCGUUCACGAAAGAGUACGAGGGCGGCGAGCACUACGAAGAAGCAGCCGAGCUCAGCUACACACCCGUAGCCACGGUCAACCCGAUCAACUUUACCCUCGACGGCUACCGCAUGCAGUGCGUCACGCGCGGCCGGAAGCCGACCAUGAUGCUCGUCAUCACCAUGUACAACGAAGACGGCGCCGAGCUCGCGCAGACGCUCCGAAAAGUGUGCAACAACGUCAAGUACAUCCAGAAGAACGCGCUGCCGGGCUACGAAGGCGACGACGCCUGGCAAAACAUCGUCGUGUGCAUCGUCUCGGACGGCCGCACCAAGGCCAACCCGUCCGCGACGUCGUUUCUGCGCGAAAUUGGCGUCUUCAACGAGGACGCGAUGACGAUCUUCUCGUCCGGCGCCGCCACGCAAAUGCACCUUUUCGAACGCACGGUGCGUCUCGCCAAGGACCCGCACAACAAGCAGAGCGUCAUCAUGAGCAACAACUCGACGAUCGGCGCCGACUACCCGCCGCUGCAGAUGGUGUAUGCGCUCAAGGAGCACAAUGCGGGGAAGCUCAACUCGCACCUCUGGUUCUUCAACGCCUUUUGCAACCAAGUCGACCCCGAGUACAACAUCCUCCUCGAUGUCGGGACACUGCCGACAAAGGCCGCCUUGUACAAGCUCCUCGCGACGCUCGAGAUGAAGGCCGACAUUGGCGGCGUCUGCGGCGAGAUUGCCGUGAGCCGGCCGAUCCCGAACCUCUGGAACUUUGUCAUCGCGACGCAGCACUUUGAGUACAAGGUGUCGAACCUCCUCGACAAGGCGACCGAGUCGUGCUUUGGCUUUGUCUCGGUCUUGCCCGGUGCGUUCUCAGCCUACCGGUUUGCGGCCAUCAAGGGCGCGCCGCUCCAAGCGUACUUUAAGAGCCUCACGACCGACAUGGCCGAGCUCGGGCCGUUCUAUGGCAACAUGUACCUCGCCGAAGACCGUAUUUUGUGCUUUGAGCUCCUCGCGCGCACGAAUGGCGCGUGGAAGCUCAAGUACAUCAAGGACGCGGUCGCUCGCACGGACGUGCCGUCGACGCUCGUGGAUUUGAUGGCGCAGCGCCGUCGCUGGCUCAACGGCUCGUUCUUUGCGAUGCUCUACUCGAUCGUGCAGUGGGGCCGGCUCUACUCGCACACGAACCACUCGAUCUUGACGAAAGCCGGGCUUAUGAUCCAGUACUUUCAGCUGCUCGUCCAGCUCUUCUUUGGCUGGUUCAUGUGCGGCUUCUUCUACCUCUCGGUGUACUACGUGGUCUUUACGACGCUCAAGAAGUCGAAAUUGCCCUUCUGGGACUCGGAAGAGUGGUACGACGACCACCACUCGAUGGCCAUGUCCAUCUUCAACAUCGUCUACGCGUUCUUGAUCAUGGUGCAGAUCGUCUUUGGCCUUGGCAACAAGCCCAAGCACGUCCAGUGGCUCUACACGUUCCUCUCGGUCUUUUACGCGGUCGUGGUCAUCACGGCCGUCUUCUUCUCGGUCUGCUCGCUCUCGUCGCACAACGGCAUGUCGCCCUUCAACAUUGUGCUCCUCGCCGCGACCUUUGGCGUCUACUUCAUCGCGGCCGCCUUCCAUUUCGAGCUCCACCACGUCGUCUUUACCUUUGUCCAGUACCUCGUGAUGCUGCCGACGACCAUCAACAUCCUCAUGAUCUACGCAUUCUGCAACAUUCAAGAUCUGAGUUGGGGCACAAAGGGCCUCGGCGACAGUGCGGGCCACGGCCCACUGAAAGGUGGCGGCCAGCGCCUCGGGUCGGGCGGCUACAGCGACCUCGUUGCGCAGCGCAAGGCCGCCGAGGCAGCUGCGCGCCAUGACGCAGUCGUCGCGGACCAGGUCAAGCGCCGCUUCGACUCGUUCCGGUCGUACACGCUGCUCUUUUGGCUCAUUUCGAACGCGCUGCUCAUCAUGACGUGCAUCUACUUUGUCGGCGCCAACGUCUUUUUGCCGAGCCUGUUUUUAUUUAUCGCGCUCUUCAACGUCACGCGCCUCCUCGGGUCGAUCGCGUUUGUGGUCGCGACGGGCCGCGACUGGGUCCUCCUCAAGCUCUGUCUCUGCUCGGGCGGCAUGGCCAAGCGCAAGCAAAAGAAGGAGAAGGUCAAGGACCAAGACGGCUUUGGCGCACUCGACAGCUCCAAGGUCCUGCGCCACAGCGCUUAGUCGUCGAGUGCGAUUUGAGAACAAGCAUACAUGAGCAUUUUUUCUAUGGGCA